CAGCUUCCAAGAUCCGUGAGUCUUGGCAGCCGGCGUGGCUGUGGGCCGUGCAUUGGACCCCGUGUGGCUCACUGAGGCUGGUGGGUGGAGCAGUGGCAUCAUGCCAGCCUUGGCCAUGGGAUCUGGCAGUGACACAGGUCUGUAUGAGCUGCUGGCUGUGCUGCCAGCACAGCUGCAGCCACACGUGGACAGCCAGGAAGACCUGACCUUCCUCUGGGACGUGUUUGGUGAAAAGAGCCUGCAUUCACUGGUCAAGAUUCACGAAAAGCUCUACUACUACGAAAAGCAGAGUCCCACACCCAUUCUGCACAGCGCUGCAGCCUUGGCCGGUGACCUGGCUGAGGAGCUCCAGGGCAAGCCAUGCAGCCAUGAUGUCAGAGAGCUGUUGAAACUGCUGUCCAAACCCAGCGUGAAGGCCUUGCUGUCUGUCCAUGACACUGUGGCUCAGAAGAGUUAUGACCCUGUGUUGCCGCCCAUGCCCGACGACCUUGAGGAGGAGGAGGACUCCGUAAAAAUCAUCCGCCUGGUCAAAAACCGAGAAUCGCUGACCAUUCGCAGGAAGAAGAAAGUUCAGAUCCCAGUAAGUCGUCCUGAUCCUGAACCAGUGUCUGAUAUGAAGAAGACAGUUAUGAUGAGGAAAUCCAUGAGCCAAGAAGUGGUCGCAGUGGUCUGGUGA